GACACAUUUCACUCAAAAUGGAGCAUGAUGAUGGCAGGAAAGUAACGGGAUUUGAUUUAAAUGAACGCAAAUCUGCAAACAAACGUGGGGACUUCGUGUGGGCUUGUAAAUGAUGCAAACGUGCACAUUUUGGAAGCUAAAGAAGAGUUUUUGCAGCAGUUGCGCUGUUUGGAGACUGGACGCCAAACUUUCAGACACUUGUGAACAAAAUCCACACGCCACGCAGAGAUUAAAAGACCUGACUUUACGUGGCAAACAACGAGGGAAGGUGGUUUUAACUUUGUUGGUUGAUUUUGGUGCUGCACAAAAGCUGCUCAGUCUGGUAAAAGAUGAUGGUGGUUUCCUGUUUCCUGCGCCAAAAACGAUGCUUGCGUUUCAUUUUUAACGUGUGAUGCUCAAGAGUCAAAGAGAUGGCAUCCCCCACAGAGUUAGAGGAGUGGUGCCGCGCCUCGUGCGCUGGAUACUCCAGUGUGGAGGUCAGAGACUGGUCCAGAUCAUUUCAGAGUGGACUCGCCUUCUGUGCCAUCAUCCACAAGCACAGACCUGAGCUCAUAGAUUUCAGCUCGCUCUCCAAAGAUAAUGCUUAUCAGAAUAACAAAAUGGCCUUGGAGCUCGCAGAGACAAAGCUGGGUGUUUUUAUGCUGCUGGAUCCUGGAGAAAUGGCAUCAGCCCCAGAGCCUGAUGGUUUGGCUGUGAUCACCUGUGUCUUUCAGUUUUAUUUCCUCUUCAACAGGAAGUCUAUAGCAGAUAUUGUCUCCGCCUUAAACAGCUCAGCUCAGAGUUCUCAAAACCCAAAGAGCCUGACUCAUUUGGAAUCCACUGGAAAAUAUUUUUCAUCUGACACGAAACCACGAGUCUCAUGCGACCUGUGUUUUGAGCCUGUGCAUCUAAUACAGAGACGAGUCGUGGAUGGGAAAGUCUAUCAUCGGAAGUGCUUCAGGUGCAGACAUUGCCAUCUUUCCCUUCUUCCCGGCGCUUACACUAAAGGAAACUCUGCAAACUCCAUGAUAUGCUCUCACCAUGUUCAGCCCCACAGUGAAAACUCUAAACAGACAGAUACAUGCAGUUAUCUGUCUCUCAGUGGAUUGGCUAUCAGCAGCGUUCCUCAUUAUCCCGUGAAAAAAGAGCCACCAGACGAACAGUGGCGGACGAGUGUCGAUGGUGAAAAUGGUGGUAGCAGUGAAAAACGUGAAGCCGGGAUAGCUCCAGAGGACGGCGAAAACAUUUUGGGUGGAGAUCCUGAAAGAGGAAGAGGCGCGGUGCCAGCUCCCAGGCGCAGCGUGACCUCAUAUGGGACCUCAUCCUCCCCAAACAUGAGCGACCCUCGAACUCAAGGCGCUUCACACAAAACACCUGGUUCUGCUCCUGUCGUAACACACGUUGACUCCAGCGCAGCCAGAGGCGUUCGGAUCAGAACCAGUCAUCCGUGGCUGAAGAUCGUCCACCCCGGCCCCUGGACCCAGCUGCCCCCCGCGCCGCCUCUCGUUCACCCUCUCAGAUCCAAGUCAGUGAGCAGCCUGUCGGGCGUGUGGUACAAACCCAGAACUGCUGCCCCCAACCCUUUUGACGAGGAGGAAGUCGACAAGACCGUGCCCCGAAUCCAAGAUGAGUCAGAAUUUGAAGAAGUGAAAGAAAUUAUUGAUACAGUUAAUGAUUCGGACCAAAGUACAGACACUGCAACUUGCGCUCAGGACUUGGAAGUGCAAACUGUUUCACCCAUUUCACCCAUUUCACCCAUUUCACCCAUUUCAGCCACUUCAGACAUUCCACAUGAAGCACAGUGUCAUUCUGAGGCUGCAGUAUCUGAAAAUCUAGAAGAACAUGUCCCACCGAGUCCUCAGACCGGUCACACAGACUCAGCUCAGUCUGACUCUGCUGAAGAGUCGGGUCCGGCUCUUCCACCUCAGGGUUUUCCUCUGAUCAAGAGAAAGGUGCGGACGGACCGGUCGUCCUCCAGAGACGACCUGCAGCAGCUGAUGGGACAAGUGUCCAAACACCUGGAGGAGGUGGAGGAGAAGGGGGCGGAGCUGGAGAGGGACAUAAGACUCUGCACCAACAGUGAAGAGGAGGAGAGACUCCUGAUGGACUGGUUUUGUCUCGUCCACCAGAGACACGUCCUCCAGCGAAAGGACACGGAGCUGGUUCAUCUCGUGAAGCAGCGUGAGCUCGAGCAGAGACAGGAGGACGUGGAGUAUCACCUCAGAUGUGUCUUUAAUAAACCAGAGCGAGACUGGACUGAGGACGAUAAACGGCAGGAGCAGCGGCUCAUGGACGAACUGCUGCACAUUAUCGAGCAGAGGAACCAGAUCAUCAGCCGCCUGGACCAGGACGUCCACAGGGACAGAGAAGAUGACCUGAACUGGACGACUACGGUGAAAAACAAAGACGUCCAGAAACGAGAGUUAAAAGAACUGAAGAAGUCAAAAGGAAAGUUCAAAACAACCAGUGUUUUUAAAAUUCUAAACAAGAAAACAAAGUAAAGGAGAAAAGAUCCGGAGGUACGAGUUUGUCUGGAGUUUGUCUGGAGUUUGUUCGUUUUACUGUACGUCGUUUAUUUUAACACAUCGAGUCUGUAACAUUUCAUAUUCACAAUAAAACCUGAUUUAUUUCUUAUC